GGCUUCACACAAAAUUAUUUAAUGAACUAGAGGCAGUUUGACCAUUCAGAGAAAAUGGUCUCUUUCUUUUCGCCGUUGCCCUAUUCGUUGGGACCAUAUGGUCAUUAAGUGAUGGUGAUGUCUACGAGAAGUCUUGAGACUUGAAACUUACUUCACAUUCUUUAUUUAAAUAGAUGAUGAACUUGAGACAGAUUGAUCAUCAGACAAAAAUGGCCUCUUCCUCUUUGACGACUCUGGUGAUGAAAGAAGACGGAGGAUAUGGAAACUGGGCGGAUCUUCCGUCUGAAUUAACGUCAUCGGUCCUGAGCAGGCUCAACACCGUUGACAUUUUGGAAAACGCACAGAAGGUGUGUACUUCAUGGCGUCGCCUCUGUAAAGACCCUGCCCUCUGGCGCAAGAUUGACAUGCGUAACUUUGUAGUUUUGCUUAAGAUAGACAUUAUGAACCGCGAGGUCAUGUGCCGUAACGCAGUCGAUCGUAGCCUGGGAGGCUUGCUUGAGAUUGACAUUUGGAAUUUCGGUACUGAUAAGCUACUCAACUACAUCGCCGACAGGUCAAGUAACCUGAGAAUCCUUAGACUUGCUAUGUGCGAUGAAUCAGUAACUGACGAUGGAUUUACCAAAGCACUUGUGAAGCUUCCAUUGCUUGAAGAACUCGAGGUCUCAUACUCUGAACUGUCCGCAGAGUCUCUGAGAGUUGUAGGUCACUCUUGUCCUAAUCUGACGACGCUGAAGCUAAAUCAGCGCCUGGAAUUGGAGCAUUGGUUCGUGAAUGAUCGUGAUGCUCUAGCAAUAGCUUUAACAAUGCCUAGACUUCGACACCUCCAGCUUGUUGGAAAUAAAUUAUCAAACGCAGGUUUAACCGCCAUUCUUCAUCUUUGUCCUGAUUUGGUACAUCUUGAUUUACGCUGCUGUUACAAUGUUCAACUUUUCGGAGAUCUGGAGACGCGAUGUUUGGAGAGGAUCAAAGUUUUGAGACGACCUUAUGACUCGACUCAUGAUUUUCCCUACUUUAUCGACUUUGGUUCAUCAUCUGAAGAUGAUUAAAGU